AUGGCAAGACGCAAGAAAAGUAACCCAAAGCCCGCUACUCAAUCGACGGUGGCUGUAACUCCAGAGGUCCGUGCGGCUGAAGGUCAGCAAUCUGAUGUCGAGGAAGCUAUUCCGGAGGAGAUAGAGGAAGUUUUCACUGACUCGAUGUUUGAGUUUCCUGAAUCUGGUUUUCAUGAUCCUUUUAAUGUUGAAGGAACACUUGGAGGCAGUAGAACGGUAGGCGAUGCCGAUGAGGAAUUGACUGAUAAUGCAGGAAAUUUUCAAAGCCAAGCUAGGGAUAAAUGGUCUCAGUUCAGAGCAUUGCUUCCGAAUCAAGAUGGGGCAAGACUCAGGUUCGAGGAGCCAAUGAUUCAAGAGGGUCAACGAAUUACUCAGGUUGAUGUGGAAGAGGUCCAAUCUGAAAGUUCAUUCUGGAAUGCUGCGGUGGUUUGUCAGGUUCUUUGGGCUAAUCCUCCGUUUGUUGUUUUCGAAGGGUUUAUCAAAAGAAUUUGGGGCAAGCUUGGCAUUGAGAGAAUUGCUAGAUUGAAUAAUGGGUUCACAUUGGUUAAUUUUCGAGAUGAAGUCACUAGAAAUAUGGUUUUAGAAGCUGGAGUGCUACAUUUUGACAGGAAACUAGUCAUAGUGAAGCCUUGGACUACUGAUUUGGAUACUUUGAAGGCAGUGAAAUCAGUUCCUGUUUGGGUUAGAUUGCCAGGUCUUGGGCUGCAAUAUUGGGGCACUAAGUGCUUGAGUGCGAUUAUGAGUACGAUUGGGGUGCCGAUCUUAGUUGAUAAAGUAACAAAAGACAGAUCUAUGAUGCAAUUUGCUAGAGUUUUGGUGGAAAUUGAACUUUCGGAGGACCUCCCUAAAUCGGUUCAAUUUCUUAAUGAGAAAGGGCAGCUAAUAGAGCAACUUCUUGAGUUUGAAUGGCUUCCCACCCAAUGUAGGGGCUGUAAAGUUUAUGGUCACACUGAAAGAAUGUGUAACAAGAAGCCAGUGGAGGUCUGGAGGGAAAAAACCAGAGUUAGGAAGGAGGAGGACAGUCAAGUCCCUAUGAAUCUGUCGAAAGUUGCAGAGACCACUGAGACAGUGCCUACUGCUACUGGGCCUGCUGGUGCAGGAUUUGGGAAUGAGGUUUCUGAGGCACCUUCUGGGAGUCAAUUGGAAGUGGACAAGACUAUGGAUAACUCAAAAUCUGUCCCUGAUCUGCCUGUUGUAAACCAGGCUCGGACACCAGUUGAGGGAGGCAGUUCGGACUGGGUUACCCCGAAACGAUUUGGUGGGAAUAAGAGGGCCAUCAAUAAGACCAAGAACACUUUGAAGAAUUCCUAUAGUGCUUUGCAAGAUAAGGUAGUGGAGGUAGCAAAUUUGGGAUUAAAAUCAACAAGUGCCUUAUUGGAGACCAAACUUCAGGGUGAUAAGAUUAAGAAGAUGAUGCAGUCUUUUUUUAGUGGUUGGGAAUUUUCUUCUGGUUCAGCUUCUGAAGGCAGAUUACUGCUUAUUUGGCAGCCUAAUUUGGUGUCUGUUGAUGUUCUGAAAGAAACAGACCAAUUACUUCAUGUUUUUGUCAGGAGCUUGAAAGCUAAUAAAUCGUUUUGUGUGACAUUUGUUUAUGGUAGGAAUUAUAUUGAGGAAAGAGUGGCCCUUUGGAAAGAUUUGUCUAAUCUUAGUUUUCCAGUUGCUGCCUGGCUCAUAGCUGGAGACUUUAAUGCUGCUUUUGAGAGCGAGGACAGAGUGGGUGGUCGUGCGAUAUCUUCCCUUGAGUUGGCUGAUGCUCAAAAUUGGAGGGCUUUGGGGUUAGUUGACGAGUUGCGUGCUAGAGGGUCUCAUUUUACUUGGACUAAUAAACAGAUGAAUGAAGGCAGAAUUUUCUCAAGAUUGGAUAGAGUUUUCAAGAAUGAAGAUUGGUUGGACAUUUUCCCUCAUUCUGAGGCUGUCUUCAACUGGGAGCUUCACUCUGACCACUGCUACUGUAUUAUUAAACCAGAUAUUGCUGUUAACUGUGGUGUUAAGCUCUUUAGGUUCUUCAAUAUGUGGACUAAUCAUGAUCAAUUUAAAUCCACUGUUAUGCAGAGCUGGUGUAGGCCUAUGCGAGGGACUGGUCUAGUUCGCCUUUGUAAUAAGUUGCGUAGACUUCAGCUGGUGCUUCGGCGGUUCAACAGGCAUAUAAUGGGUGAUGUUGCCCAGAAUUUUUCUGAGGCUAAAGAGAAGUAUCAAGCUGCCCAGGUCUCUCUGCAGGGUGAUCCGCAUUCGCUAAGACUUCAAAAAAUCGAAGCUGAUGCUGGUGAAUCUCUAGCUUAUCAUGCUAAAAUUUAUGAGAGUUUCUUGAGACAGAAAAGUAAAGUGGACUGGUUGCGGUUUGGGGACGACAACACGGCGUAUUUUCACGCUUGUUUAAAGCAAAGGAGAGCCUCUAAUUGUAUCACUUCUGUAGUUAAUGAAUCCAGUAAGAGUAUUGAGAAUUUUGAUGCUGUAGUUGAUCAUUUUGUGAAUCAUUUCAAGAAAAUUAUGGGAAGCAAGAGCAUGGCCUCUAGCACUAUUCAGAAGUCUUGUUUUGAGCUUGGUCACCAGCUGACCUUGGAUCAGCAAGUUAGCUUAGUUACGCCUUUUUCUACUAAGGAAGUUAAAGAAGCUUUUUUCAGCAUUAACUCGAUUAAAAGUCCGGGGCCGAAUGGGCUUGGCUCGGGCUUUUUUAAAGCCCUUUGGAGCGAGUUAGAGGCUGAACUCUCAACAGCUGUUCUGGACUUCUUUGAGUAUGGUGUGUUGCCAGAGGAAAUCAACAAAGCUACUAUUUCCUUAGUCCCUAAAAUUGAGACUCCCUCCCGCGCAGCGGAUUAUCGUCCUAUUGCUUGUUGUAAUUCUAUUUACAAGUGCAUUUCUAAGAUGCUUUGUAGUAGGUUGGCUUCGGUGCUUCCUAGUCUUGUUAACCAAAACCAAGGAGCCUUUGUUAAAAACAGAUUAUUGGCUCAUAAUAUCCUUAUUCUUCAUGAUAUUAUAAAAGGCUAUAAGAGGAAAAACAUUUCCCCUAGGUGUGUUUUGAAGAUUGAUUUGAGCAAAGCCUAUGAUAUGUUAGAUUGGAACUUCUUAGAGGAUAUUCUCAAUGAGUUUCGGUUUCCGGCUAAAUUCAUCAAAUGGGUCAUGGCUUGCUUGAAAGAUCCAACCUAUCUCUCCUUAUGA